AUGCGUACACGGCCAGCUACUACGAUCUACGCGUACCGCGCCUAUUAUGCUUCUACAGAUGGUGGAGCCAAGGAGCGGACGCACUGUCGCUCCUCCUGGCUCUCCGGGAUCGUCCGCCGGAAGAAGGAUCCGGCCACCGCGUCUCCACCGCUGUCCCCGCCGCGGCGCUCGUGGCGCGGGGUCAGCAACCGGGGCCUCUCGCCGGUGCGGUACGCCGACGGCGACGGCGACGGCGAGGAGAGCACCUCCCCCGCCGCGGAGUCGCCGUGGCUGCCCUCGCCGUCGCCGAUGCGCAAGACCCCGUGCCGUCGCCGCCUGGGACUGGGGGGCGCCGGCGUAGGGGCCGGCGUCUCGGGGUUCGCGGUGUGCAUCAGCCCGCUCGUGCGGCCCGGCCUGGGCAGGCACCCCCGCGGAGGCCACCCGCCGGACGCCGUCUCCACCGAGCUCCGUCCGUCGCCGCUCCACCCGCUCACCUCCAGCGCCUCGCUCCACCACUGCCGCUCCUGGAAGCUCGCCGACGGGGGACGCUUCCGGUGA